AAAAAAACAACACAACUGUCACAACAUUCGACUGCUGCGAGAUUGCUGCUGGUUGAAUUCCAAAUUUUCCAUUCGUCCUCCGGAUUUCUGCCAACCACCCGAGCAUGGCUAGCCGCGAAGCCGUACGCCGGACGGUACAGUCCGUGCGGCCGAUCCUGUCCGUCGACCGUGAGGAGGCCCGCAAGCGCGUCCUCAACCUCUACAAGGCCUGGUAUCGCCAGAUUCCGUACAUCGUGAUGGACUAUGACAUCCCGAAGUCGGUGGAGCAGUGCCGGGAGAAGCUGCGCGAAGAGUUCCUGAAGCACAAGAACGUCAGCGACAUUCGCGUGAUCGAUAUGCUCGUCAUCAAGGGCCAGAUGGAGCUGAAGGAAUCGGUCGAGAUCUGGAAGCAGAAGGCACACAUCAUGCGCUACUGGAAGGAGAGCCAGGAACCGAAACCAACGGACUUCCUGUCGAAAUUCUUGUCCGGCCAGAACUGAACCAGUCCUCCAGGCCUGACCCAUUUGUGGAAUAUAGUGUAGGAAGCGCAGUCGUGCGAUACUGAACUGGGUGUAAAUAAAGGACAAAAGGAAAACGAACACCCCCUUUUCUCGACACCCUCCUCGUCGUAGUGCAAUUGUUGCGACGCUCUUGCUUAGGUGGACAAUGCAUAAUUAAACAAACGUUUUCUA